AUGAACAAGGAAAUUUCAAGAUUUAUCGAGUUUUUACUCGAUACAGAAGCAACAUCGGAAUUAUCAUUCAUCGAAGCGACUGCAAACAAAUGUCACUUGUAUUGCAAACGUAACAAAUCAAUUUUUGAGAAAAUAGUAAAAGAAAAAUUUCAACAAUGGAAAAAUUAUUACCAAAAAGAGGAAUGCGCACUUGCUGCAAGGCUAACUAUCAAUGCUGGAAAUGAAUUGUCCGAUAAUGAAUCCGAAAGUGAGUCUGAUCAGGAAUCAUCAUCGGACGACGAAGAGAACAAACCAUCUCAACAACCAGUACAUAAACAAGACCAGACAUUCAAAUCGGUCAAACACGCUGAUAUCUACAUUGACCCAUGUAGUCAAUGUAAACGACUUCUACAAUUUUUAUACUAUUGUCAACAACACAGCAAUGAUAUGGCCGAUCUUUAUUUUCAUACGCUUAAAAAUUGUGUUAGAAAUGAAAAUGAAAAUUUGAGUGCUGUUGCUUUACAACAAAUAGCUUUACAUAUUUCCGACGAAGAAGAAGUAUCUCAACGUCUUCUUAACUGUCUUCCCGCAAAUCAAUCAUCUUCUGCUGCACCUAAAAUCCAUCAACCUAUCUUAAAGACAAUUCAAAGUCUAAUUGCAAGAAAAAAAACUAAUCAAAACAUCCUUACCAUGAUGUCAUCAGACGACUUCGAUAUUCUCUACCCAUAUCGAGCUCGUUUUCUUGAUUUACAUCGUGAAUUUCGUGACAGUAUGCAUUAUUUUAUUGAUGGUGAUUCAUUUCUUCUAUCUAUUGCUCAUCAUAUCAAUGUUGAUCUUAAUGCAUACUAUGGCAAUACUUUACAUGUUGUUUUUAUUAUUGAGCGUAUCCUGCAAACACUAUUCAAUCAAGCACAGCAAUGUAAUUAUACCUUAAUAUUUUUCGACUGCCAUUAUUAUUUAUAUGAAAACGAAAAAUCUAUAUUGAAUAUUUUACGUGCUUGCUUGAUUGCUCAUGUUUUUUAUAACAUAAAUCAAUAUGGAUCAGCCAAAGUACGACAAUUCUCAUCGUGGAUUGACGCCGAAUAUGUAAAAUUUAUUCGCGAAGAAAAACCACUGUUUAUUUUCUAUCAUGACAUGUCAAGUGUCGAUGUUUGUAACAAUAGUGUUCUAUCGAAAGCGACAUUAAGGGAACUUAUCUAUGUUUAUCGUUUAUUUGGUAAUUAUCAUCAAUAUUAUCUUGAAUGUAGUUUAUAUCUAAUGAAUAAAUUAAUUCUAACUGAUACAGUGGUGAAAUGUUUUCAAAUUAAAUUCACGGAAAGAUGUUCACAGACACAACUACAAACGACCAUUAGAUUAGUAUUAUCGUCUCAUCAAACUAAUAUUAUUUUGGAUAAAGAUGAUGCAAUCAAAUUGGAAAAACUGAUAACAAAUCAAGAUGAUGCACGACUUUUUUUCUAUCUUAAAACCAUAAUGACUUUCAUUCGGAAGGAAAGUAACGAUCAAACAAAGAAAGAAAAUUUGUUCAAUCUUUUAAGUCCACUACUUGUUCUACAUGUUGCUCUUCUUAUUCGUUUAUCAUUAAUUGAUCGUCAUAUACCAAUAAACUUUCCUUCGAUCACAUUUAGUUCGAUGUUUUCUCAAUCGAUGAUACAAUUUCAGCAACAACUGGCAAUAUGUUUAUCAUCGUAUGUAUCAGAUUUAUCGUAUUCAAAAGUCGCUGAUAUAUUCGAUGGACGUCUGUUUGCUUUUACUCUCUAUCAAUUGAAAGAAUCAUCGUCGAAGAUUCGAUUUGAUUCCGAUACAAUGAAUAUUAUCAAGCAAUGCUUAAGUUUAUUGAACAUUUCAAUGCCUGAAAAUCUGUUUCACAAUAUAGUAAACCAAUUAAUUCAAUCGAACCAUAUUAUAUUCUCAACAUUAGCCACUGAUGAGCAAUCAGUUUCAAUGGAAAAAAAGAAAAUUGCAAAAAUAUCCAAUGCAUUCAUUGAUACUUAUUUAGCGCCAAUAAUGUCAAAAAGUGAUCAAUGGACGUUUGAAUUUACCGAUCCAGAUGAUAGUUCUUUAGCUCGUUAUGAAGGAAAAUAUCAUUGGCAUGUAUACAAAGAGGUUGGUGAUGCGCUAAGUCGUAUAAGAAAUAAUGAUGAUGACAAUAAAAACACAACCAAAUAUCGUUUCCGAACAAGAACUGAACAAAGAUUUUUCGCUUAUUUCACUUUAUACGGCAAAUCAUUGACUAGUCGAGAUGUUCGAGAUAAUCAAUUACAAAUAGUAUAUCCUGCUACUUCAUCCAAUACGUCAAAUAGUGAAGAGCUGGAUUUGAAUAGAGUAGCUUCAGCGUCUGGAGAUAAGAAGAAAGGAAAAGGAAAACAAGCAGUUCACCAGACAAAAGCGGAAAAGAUUAUUGAAGAAAAUAAACAACGAAAACUUGAUAAAUCUAUUGGCAGUGAACGUGAUCAAGUUACUAAUGUUGAAGUUUUAUUGAAACAAAUUCCACUUGGUGAUUAUUCAAAAGCUAUCGAAAUAAUUGAUGAAAGUUUACCGAAUUUUAAAACACCUGUUAAUCGUAUUGAAUUGCUCAAACAAAAAUUUCGUUUACAACGAAAAUACUUAAAAUUACUGAAACAGAAAAAUGUUUUAUCGGUAGAAGAAAAAUUCAAAUUAGAUUAUCUUAAAAUUGAUUUCUUUGGUACAAUGACAGAAAUGGCCCACAUCGAGAAUACGGCUGAUGUAUUUAAUCAAAAACGAGAAUAUUUAGAAGAACUUGUUGAUGAUUCAUCGUUAGAUCGAGAAAAAUGGUACCGAUUUCAAAUGGAAAAAAUCAAUAGUCGAUUACCACGACAUGAACAAGGCUUACCCGAUGAUCGAGUACCUGAUUUCAUUCCCGAUAAAUGGCAAAUUGAAUUUCUUGAUGCUGUUGAUAAACAUCAAUCUGUCAUAAUUGUAGCACCUACUGCUUCAGGCAAAACUUAUGCAUCAUAUUAUGCUAUGAAUAAAGUGGUCAAAGAUCAAAAUGAUCCAAAUGGUAUUUGCGUAUACAUAGCACCAACGAAAGCUCUUGUUAAUCAAGUUGCUGCGACAAUUUAUUCUAAAUUUGGUCCAAUAUUCGGAAUUUUUACACGAGAUUUUCGUAGGAAUAUGAAUGAAUGCCGAAUUUUAGUCACUGUUCCACAAUGUAUGGAAAUCCUUCUUCUAUCACCGAAUCAUCAACGUUGGUGUAAAAGAAUAAAAUAUGCUAUUUUCGAUGAAAUUCAUUGCAUGUCGGGUGAAAUUGGAUCUGACGUUUGGGAAAAAACGAUGUUACUUAUUAAUUGUCCUAUGAUUGGUCUUUCAGCCACAGUUAACAACGGAGAAGAAAUGUGUCAAUGGAUUGAACAUGUUGAAGAACAACGAUCUAAAAUAUUUAAAACGCCGAAGCCUCGUCGAGUUCGUUUUAUUAUCCAUCAUGAACGUAUGGCUGAUUUAAAUAAAUAUCUAUAUUCAAAUCGAGAGCUACAUCCAAUUCAUCCGAUCGGUGUAAUGAACGCAAAACAACUAAUAACUCGAGGUGUUCCCAAAGAUUUUUCAUUAUCACCUUAUGAAACUUUGCAAUUGAAUGAUGCUAUGAAAACAUUUCCGAAUGAUACAAAAAACAAUGAGAUGAAACCUAAUUCAAUACCAACAUUAACAGAAUACUUUUCACCCGAUUGGGUUAUCGAACGAAGUAGAUGCAAUAAUUAUUCUCGACUCGUUUGUAAGCAAUUCAAUGAUCUAAUUGAAAAUAAAGAAAGUUCAUGUAUUGAUUCGAUUGCAACAUCUCUUAAACCAAUUACUUCAAAAGAUAUUCAGUAUCCUGAACCAAAAGCAAUGUCAUCAUUGAUAAUUGAUUUUAUAUUGACAUUGAAAGAAAAAAAUCUUCUACCAUGUAUGGUUUUCUCGGACAAUCGACUAUUAUGUGAACAGAUGGCUACAUCUAUUGCUGAAUAUUUUGAAAAUCUAGAAAUAGAAUUACGAGAAACAAAGUAUAAAGCUCAAAUUGAAUCAUUAAAAAACCGUAUAGAAACAAUGGAACAACUGAAGAAAAAAUCCAAACCGAAAAAACCAACAAAGCCAAAGAAGAGAAAUCACGAUGACAAUGAGACUAUUGAAUUAGAAAUGCCAGAAGAAGAAAUAAAUGAUUAUAUAAUACUUUCGGGACAUGAACAACAAUUAUUGGAUGGCAUUCUGGAUGAAGGCACUUUAGCAAAUCGAAAUGGAUGUGACCGAGAAUUAGUCGAUGAUCUAUUAGAGCGAGCAUCAUCGGAAAAUCCAAAAUUAGUUGGUUACAUACGACGAGGUGUAGCUUAUCAUCAUGCUGGAUUAAAUAAUAAAGGUCGAGUGGCGGUUGAAGCCCUAUUUCGUAAUCGAUAUGUUCAAGUUGUUUUCUCAACAGCAACACUUGCAUUGGGUAUUCAUAUGCCAACAAAAACAGUUGCUUUUGUUCGAGACUCAAUUUACCUUGAUGCUUUACAAUAUCGCCAAUCGUCAGGUCGUGCUGGUCGUCGUGGUUUUGAUGUUCAAGGGCAUGUUGUAUUUGUGGACAUACCAUUGCCAAAAGUUAGCCAUUUGAUAACAUCAGCUAUACCGAAUAUUCGCGCGCAUUUUCCAACAAGUGUUACAUUUCUAUUGCGUCUUCUUCAUUUAUGUUCAACUGCAAAAGAUUCCACGGAUGCAAUUAAUCGAUCAUUAAUAACAUUACAAUGCCCUUUACUUUCACAAUCGUCAUUAAACCAAAAUUUGAUAGACAUUCAAACACGUUUUCACAGUUUAUUUACAUUAGAUUUUCUUUAUCGAUUAAAUUUGAUUGAUCGACAUGGUAAUCUUAUUGGCUUAGCUGGUCUUCUAACGCAUUUACAUUAUCAUGAACCAGCAAAUAUUUUACUCGUCUAUCUAAUGGAUACUAGAUAUUUUCAUAUAGUUAAAGAUGGCGUAGGAAUUAUGACUGUAUUCGCUUAUCUCUUUACUUAUAUGCCAUGGUUAAUUACACGUAACGAAUAUGCAAAUUUAACUGAUAUACGCCGCGAAAAUAAAUUUAAUUCGAAAUUAUUUUUACCACCGGUUUCUAAAGAAUUUCGAAAACGUGUUGAUAUGUAUAAUUCAAUAGUUAAAGAUGUUUAUGGAUGUUAUAUAGAAAAUGUAACAAAAUAUUUACGUUCAAUGAAAACCGAUCGUGAAGAGACGUUACCUUUUUCGAAUAUAUCAUUUUCUGAACAAUCAGACUAUGACGAUGGAACAUUUGAAUAUAAUCUUCAUCAUCACCAAUCACAACAAAUAAACAAUCCAUCGAUAUCUCCAUUUGCUAGUCUAUCUGGUCUUACACAUGAACGUUUUAUGUCGAAUUACAAUGCCACAAUUGGCUCAUGGGAUCUUGCCUAUAAUCUUGACUUCUCACCAAAACUUGUUCCAUACGUAGAUAUCGAUUGUCGUGAUCAUACAAAUACAGCGUAUCAUUUGAAUAGUUAUGCAUUGGAUUUUUUUAAACAAGGUUCAGAAAAAUCAUUGAUUGCAGAAAAUGAAUUAAGUCCUGGAGAUACAUAUAAUCUUCUAUUUGAUAUUCAUCUUGUACUUUCGUCUGUUAAAACUUCGUUAGAAUCAUUAUCAACAGUUAACCAACAAAUUUCAAGCAUGCAAAUCUUUGUCAAAACCCUUACAGGCAAAACUAUAACUCUUGAAGUUGAAGCACAAGAUACGAUUGAAAAUGUUAAGGCUAAGAUUCAAGAAAAAGAAGGCAUUCCACCCGAUCAACAGCGUUUGAUCUUUGCUGGUAAACAGCUGGAAGAUGGUCGUACACUUCAAGACUACAAUAUUCAAAAAGAAGCAACACUUCAUUUGGUUCUUCGUCUUCGUGGUGGCAUGCAAAUUUUCCUUAAGACCCUUACAGGCAAAACUAUAGCUCUUGAAGUUGAAGCACACGAUACGAUUGAAAAUGUUAAGGCUAAGAUUCAACAAAAAGAAGACAUUCCACCCGAUCAACAGCGUUUGAUCUUUGCUGGUAAACAACUAGAAGAUGGUCGUACACUUCAAGACUACAGCAUUCAACAAGGAGCCACACUUCACUUGCUUAUUCGUCUUCCUGGUGGUAAAUAA